AGUGUGAGCAGGGUAAUAUUUAGUGAAGGGAUUCAGGGAAACCGGUUAUGUUCAUAUAGUCGGACUUGAGUCCUGGAAAUGGGAAGUACAAUGCCUGCACUUUAAAGGAGGGGUUUGGGAUAUUGGCAGUUUGGAGGGAUAUGUUGUGUAUCUUUAUACGUAUAUGCUUCUAAACUGUUGUAUUCUGAGCACCUCUGCAAAAGCAAUGAUAAUGUGUGAGUGUGGUGAAAGUGUUGAAUGAUGAUGAAAGUAUUUUCUUUUUGGGGAUUUUCUUUCUUUUUUGGGUCACCCUGCCUCGGUGGGAGACGGCCGACUUGUUGAAAAAAAAAAAAACAUGUACGUGUAGUGUGACCUAAGUGUAAGUAGAAGUAGCAAUAUGUACCUGAAAUCUUGCAUGUUUAUGAGACAGAAAAAAAGACACCAACAAUCCUACCAUCAUGUAAAAUAAUUACAGGCUUCUGUUUUACACUCACUUGGCAGGAAGGUAGUACCUUCCUGCCAAGGUAGUACCUUCCUGGGCGAUUGCUGUCUACCAACCUACUACCUAGACUAAAAUUAUCUUUAUAUUAAUGCAGUAGCCUGCAUGACAACACACCCAGGCUCAUAGUAACACACCCUGGCUCAUGGCAACACACCCAGGCUCACAGCAAAACGCCCAGCCACUCACAGUUGAUCAUCUAAAUCAGCAGUGGGCAAACUACGGCCCACCAAAGGUUUUCAUGUGGCCCACCAAGCUCAAGUUUUAUGAAUCUCUACACUCUGAAAAGCUUCAAAAUCUGAAAAAAAUUUCAAGAAAGAUGUUUGUGUUGUUUGCAUCAGCUUACAUUUGUGAGCAGACUUUCUCUAUAAUGAAAGGCCCCUGCACUGAAAAGUUUGCCCACCCCUGGUCUAAAUGGUCCAUUGUGUGUCCAAAUGGUCAUUUAAUAUGUGUCCGUCAGACCAUCAAUUACAUGAUAGGUUGUGUGUGUAUAUAAUUUUCCAUAAUAUUAUUGAAAAUGUCUGAUAGCGUAAAUAUACAACAUUUUUCGUGGCCCCCGAGUGACAUUCUUCCUGUGUUAUUGUACCUUCAACACAAGUGAGAUACUCUUAGCUACUCCUUGGCACUAUAUCUUGUGAAUGAUGCAAAGAUCUUAAGCCAAGUAGUUGGUCAAAAUGAUUAAAAAUCCCUACUGGAAGACUUAAUUAAAUUCAUCCAGGGAAUGAUAAUUGUAUGAUGGCAUUUAACUUAAAAUGAGUGUCACAUGAUUGAAGGGGAAGAGUGAAAACAGGCUACAUAAAUAUAGAUUGUGCAAUACACUUCAAAACUGACAAAAGGUAUUUAAGAGUAAUUAUAGCAAUAGAUUAACACUGGAAGAUCACAUAAAUGCAGUAGUGAAAAAAUUGUAUGCUAUUAUGAAUACAGGUGUAGUUUACUGGCCUUCACACCUGGCUGUAGCACAAUAACUACUUAGGAACGAGCAAAAAGGCAGCAGAGGAAGUAAAUAUUUGUAUUUCCUUUACAUAAUAGUAAUCAGGUAGGUACAAUAUGUAUAGUCUAGGUAUAAUCGGGAAAAUGCAAGCAAGAGACACGAUGAGAAUUGUGUAGCAACCAGACUUGAAGGGAAGUCUGCCAUGGAUGAUUUACGAGUGUACCACAUCGCUUCACAUCUUUGGCCCUUGUAGGUUUAGUGCUUCUUUUUGAUUAUAAUAAUUCACAACUUUGGCAGGCUUCCUUGUGAUUGGCUUGUUGAACCAAGGUACUAGCAUAGCGAUGGAGCCCCUACUCAUUAUGCCCUUAGCAUCUCGUUUGCUGGUAAGGACGACAUGCCUAUGUUGUUGUGUGACAUGCACUGAAUGAUAUGUAACAUACUCUCAACAUACCACAUAUGCUAUACUGAGAAGCAAGCUGUAUAACCCUUUCAAGUUUAUUAUUAUUAUUAUUAAUCGGAAAUUUUUUUGUGCUGUUGACAGGCUCUUGAUCUAAAAUUGAACCAGUGCUCCAGUUCCUUGAAUUGUGUCUGAAUACCUUCCAUUUACCCGCAGGAACUGUAUGACUCCUACAGGCUUAGCACUCCCUGUGAGUGUAAUAAUAAUUAUUAUUAUUAUUUUAACACACCGAGGCAGGGUGACCCUUAAAAGAAGAAAUCAUCUCCAAUCAUCCUCGUAUAUAGCUCCAGCAAAAAAAUUGGCUAGAAGAUGUGUCCAAAUCAAGUAUGAAGAGGAGCCCAAAAUAGAUCGACUCUCUUCAAACCAAAAUGGAAUUCAUUCUGACACUCAUCCUCAAGCAAUAAAUAGAAACUCUAAUGAUGAAUACAACCAUUGUGCAGGCACGAAAAAACUCAAAAUGGAAGAUGAAGAAAAGGCAUUACAGUCAAGAUGGGAGCCACCACACUGGCAGGAGGUUCUGAAGAACAUUCGGCAGAUGAGAGCUGCACGAGAUGCUCCUGUUGACUCCAUGGGAGCUCAAAAGUGCACGGAUGUGGAUGCCCAACCUGAAAUAUACAGGUUCCAGGUACUUGUUUCUCUAAUGUUGAGUAGCCAAACAAAAGACCAGGUGACCCAUGCAGCCAUGGCCAAGCUACGAGCACAUGGACUUACUGUUGAUAACAUCCUGGCAACAGAUCCUGACACUCUUGGUCAGCUUAUACAUCCUGUUGGGUUCUGGAAGAAAGUUGUGUAUAUAAAGAAAACGUGUGAAAUACUGAGGAAGUAUUAUGGUGGGGAUAUUCCUCCUACACUUAAAGACAUGUGUAAGCUUCCAGGAGUUGGACCAAAAAUGGCUCACCUCUGUAUGGAUAUUGGCUGGGGAAAACUAACAGGCAUUGGUGUUGACACACACGUGCAUCGCAUCAGCAAUCGACUGGGAUGGACUGGACGCGAUACAAAAACACCAGAAGAAACUCGAAUUGCUUUGGAAUCCUGGAUGCCAGAAGAAAUAUGGAGUGAUACCAAUCUGCUUAUGGUCGGGUUUGGGCAACAAAUAUGUUUACCAGUGGGUCCAAAGUGCAGUCAAUGUCUCAAUGCAACACUUUGCCCCUUUGGUAUUAAUCCUCUCAGUAAAUCUCCAAAGAUAAAUUCACCAUUGAAACUGCCAGUCACUGGUAAGGCUUGUUAGUUGCACAAAUCAUUCAGCUUCUGUUUUGCCAAAAUUGUGAUGAUGUCAGUUUAGAUGACCUUGUGAACUACAAUAAUAAUACUGUAAUAACAAUGUGAAGGAAACUAUGAAAAACGUGUUAAAAUUUUAUUUGGUAACGUAUAGCAGUAGUUCAUGUCUAGGAAUUUUAAUCACUUUUAAAUAUAAAGUAUAGCAUCUACCUGAGGUAAUACUUUUCAGUAAUAAAACAACCUACAAUUAUUUAAGGAUACUAGGACACACUACUGUGAUUUAAACAAAUAUGGUAUUUAAAAUAUACCAUGGAUAAGUUUUUGGAAUGUCAUUGAAAGAAACCAGUAAUGAGAGAUUUUACCCAUAUUCAGGUCUCUGAAAUCACAUUACUGUAUUUAAUACUAUACAACAUUAAUAAUCGUUAUUGUCAUAAUGAAGUCAAGCACUAAACCUAAAAGGGUUAAUAAAAUAGAUUUUCUUUAUGCUCAGUUUGACCUUUCAGUUUUAGUGCUCUCCAUGAAGGUUAAAAAAUUUUUGCUUAUUGACUGAUAUAUUGGCACAUUGUAAACAAUUUACACAGCAAGUUCAUAAAAUACACUUACACAGCACAUGGGAAUCAUUAUUGAGGAAAUGUUUUGCCACACAGUGGCCAAACUGAUGAAGCCACUGUGUGGCAAAAUGUUUCCUCAAUAAAGAUUCCCAUAUGCUACAUUGUCACCUUCUUCAACUUGUCAGCUUUCAAACCCAUUUAUCACAUAAAAUAAUGAGGUUAAUUUGUAAGGCACAAAUGGCUGUUUCAUUUUGUACAAUUGUAUCUCAGAAUUUGAAUUUUUUUACAGACUUCUCAUUAUUUUUUUUAUAUCACCGGUAUAUUAUUUAUAUUCAUAACUAAGCGCUAAACCCACAGGGGUCAUGCAGUGCAUAUACACUGUAUAAAGAAAUAAUUUUAACCAGUUUCACUUGACACUUUCACUAUUGUACAUCAAAAUCUUUACACAAAUAACUUGCACAUAGGAAACUGAAACUACAAUAAUGUUUCAGUCCAACAUGGACCAUUUACAAGCCCAUGUGACUUAUCAGUGGUCCAAGACAGAAUAAAACAUCAUCAUAGUUUGUCUCCUACAUGCAAGUUAUUUGUCUUGUUCGAACCAUGGUAUUGUGACCUCUUAAUCUUUAUUAAAAUCUUUCUGAUGCAGGAGUUAUCAUAAGGUUACUGGAAGACUGGCAUGUUCUCAGGCCAUUAUAACGACUAACAUCUUGCUAAAGCUACCUUAUACCUAAAAGUAACAAUUUAUGAAUUAAUAUUCACAGGAUCUUCAUUAGACUAAUUGUUUCUGAAGUAUUAUUUAUAGUAAUCAUACUUAUGCAUACCCAUGCUCAUUAUUUACAUGAGAAGGCAUGAAUUACUGUCACAAACAUAUAAUGUGUAACAGAUUCCAUAAAUGUACACAGUACAGAAAAUUUCCAGUG